AACAUAUAAGUACAAGUUCAAUCUUACUAAUUAUUGUUCUUAAUCUAACUUAAACUUAAAACAGCUACAGUUAAAUUGUGAACACAGCAAAAUAGGAAACCACGGAAACAAUGUCGACAACAGAACCGUUCCCUAAGUUUGUAACCUACUUUCACAUAAAACUUAUUUCCUCUUUACAAUACAAUGGCUCAUAGCUUCAGUGUUUUCGCUAACUCAUGUGUAAAAGUGCCCGUGGACCCGGUUACUAAAAUGCCUAAAACUAGUCACGAUCGGAAGGAGAAAACUCUAGUGGGAGCCAGUUCUAUAGACUCUGAAUCCAUCACCAGGUACUCACUGUCUCCCACGGAUAUGGAAGCAGAUAAGUUAAAAGAAUUCUAUCGCAGUAUCCCAGAUUAUAAUGAAAUUGACCAUCUACCACCAGAAGAGUUUUACUCCACAUUAAAACUUCUUAGAGAAAAGAAGAAGCUAAUGCUUGAGCGCACUAUUGAUAAUGUUACGGAUUUACAUAGGCCAGAGCACAUCCAUUUAGAAAGUAUAUUAUACAGAGGGGAGGAAGGUAUAAUACCUUCUUCUGUUGCUAACAAAAAGGUCAAGACAAAGUUUAAUCAAAACCAGAGGAGGAAAUAUUCAGCUGAUAAAAUAGAAAUUAAAAAAACCACCUUAGCAGGGGAGAAAAAUAAUGAAUCUGAAAAGAUUCCGUCAAUCAACAGCGUCAAUGGGACAUGUAUGAAAAGGGAAACAAGAAACCCAAAUUUAAAUGACGACAAAGAAAACGAUUUCAGACUUAUUUCCCCAAAAAAGAACGAAGUUAUCGAUAAAAAUAUGAAUAAGAAUGAAUCAAAACCAAAAAGAAAUCACUCUGCCUGCUCCAUAUCCUGGAAUGACAAUAAGGUGGACAGGAGAGAUGAGAUCGAUGUUAAAUUUAACCAGUAUUUUGACGGGAAAAAUUACGCGUCGAGAAAAAAGAAUUUCGAUGACGAAUUUAAAAUUCGAAGCAUGCCUUCGAGUCCUCUGAGGCACAUGCGCUCCGGAUCACCUCUAAGGAGACGAAAAAGUAUCACCAUACCAAAGGCGUUUAAAAUGACUGAAAGGGAUGAGGAGGAUCGAAUUGUGAAUGAGCUUCGCUGCAUCCGCAAGUCCCUAUCCGACGACAUGCUGCAUCGGAAGAGAGACCGGCAGUGCUUCCGCGCCAGACCCGUGCCCAUUGAGUCCAGGAUACCGCUCUACGACAAAAUACUCGAAGACCAGGCCAUGAGGCGAGCUAUAACGAAGAUAAACAGCGAAGCGGAGUUACGAGCUCAGAUGAAGCCCUUCAACUUCACGAAGCGCGAGGAGAAGGGCCUUCAGGUCCAGCCGGGGGUGUGCCAGCGCGCCGUGCAGACCGCGCCCAAGGUCAAGAGGAAGAAACGCUUCCGAGCCAGGCCCGUGCCCAAGAACCUGUUCUCCAACUACGUGUUUGAUAAGAUGAAGGAGGAUGAGUAUUUCAGAAGCUUCAACCGUCGCAUCAGAGCGGAGGAGAUGCUACGCACGGCUAGCCUGCCCGGCAGCAUGGCCACCAGGGACCGCAGCCGCCUGUCGACCCCCGCGGCCCACAGCGACCUGCCCAUCGACCCCUCCCCGCCCUGCCCCUCGCCCCCCGCCUCCUUCGACAGACACAGGGCCAAGAGCCCCGCGAAGGAGUGGAAGAAGCGAGAGAAGAAAGAGUUCAUAACGACUAGCCCGCAGCCGUUUCAUUUGAACACGGCUGAGAGGGCCGCUAAAAAGAUGGAAGAUCUCAAAAAAAUAUACCAAGAGAGCAAGUACCAGGAGAGCAAAAGUACGCCGAGCGUUGGCGAUAGUGGGCCGGCGGGAAGCAGGACCUACUCUGCCCUGGAGCUGCGGGCGCACGCGGCCGGGCGCUCCAACCUGGCUGCGCUGCUGAGGGCCGAGGCUGUGAGGCGCCGGUUCGAGAUGGAAGCCACCAGCCGAUUGGCGGAGCACCGACGCAGGGUCGAGUUGAGGACAAGAGAUCGCAUUUUGAGAUCCAAUCCUGCGUGGCAUCUUGUUAAGAAUAAUCACGAAGAGGACAUAAAAUUACGGCUGCAAACGCGGCGGGACGAGGAGAGGAUGAGACGCGAGGAGUUUCUACACGAGAUGGAGCUGAUGUACGGACGGGUGCAGCAGCAGCCGAUGCUGUUUGAGCGCUACUACGCCCCGCGCGCCCAUGCUUCCCUGGUAGAUUCCAUUCAGCUCUCGCCAAGAAAACAGCGGAGACGCUCAAAGAGCAAAUCCCACUACAAUACUCCAAGUAGAUCCCGUAAAGUUUCCAUCAACGACACCGCUGAGACUAUACAGGGGGAUGUGAUGGAUUAUCUAAAUCGAAUAGAUAAUGAUAAGUAUUCCGACUCGGAAGGCCUAGAAAGUUUAGAAGGCGGUAAAUAAUAAUGCGACAGUUCGAUUUGAUAACGUGUAUGUACAAAAUAAUAACAAAUAACUUAGCGUAAUUAAUUAGUAGGUCCUAUCAUGUCAAAAAACUAAAAUCACACUUUUGUAAAAUAGUAUUAAAAUUUCUUGGUAGAAUACAGUGUGGGAUUAGACGAAAUAUAAAUGAACUAAAGCUUGGAAA